CUGACAUCGAAGCCCUUUUCGGAAAUGGUAUUCAAAAGAAACUGCGAGAAAGUAUUUCAUGUAAGCUUUACUAAUUAAUCCUCAAAGCUUGCUUAGACUUUCCUGAAGAUGUCCUAUAUCGAUCGGCACAAGAGCUUGCAGCUGUUAUAAAGAUCUCUGAGACCGUUGCACAAAAUUUGAAAAGGGAAGCUACAGCGCGUAUCUACCCAUGGAAGGAAAAACAUAUUCAGGUUUGCGAUCUACUUAACGUGUCAUCUACGCCUGACUGUAUCACUCUUGGCGACGCUACUUUGGAUCACGUUGUCGGUGGCGGAGUGUUCACGAAGGCAAUUACCGAAGUGGUCGGCCAAAGGUACUUCUUACAGUUGACUACAAACCAUGAAGAUAAUUAAUGACUAAUGUGUGGAGGUUCUUCAGCUCUUCUGGAAAGUCACAACUUUUAAUGCAAUUGCUACUUACUGUGCAGCUCCCUCGCUCGCUCGGAGGUCUUGAUGCUUCAGCUCUAUAUGUACACACUGAAGGAAGACUGCCAACUAAUAGACUGCAUCAACUUAUUAAUAGCUAUAGUCAAAAAUAUUCUGGAAUCAUCGACAAGGAAAAAGCCUGGAAUUCGAUAUAUACCUUGCGACUUCACACCACGAAUGCUCAACAUACUGUGCUCGGAUACCAACUUCCAGCAAUGCUACAAAACACUCCCGACAUUCGACUGGUUGUUAUCGACUCGAUUGCCUCCCUAUACCGCGGCGAACAUUUUGAGUUGGAUGAUGGAGGACGUCUGAUGAAGGCUUCUGAAGUGUGUGAUCUCGGUAUUCGCUUGAAGAAGCUUGCUGAUCAGCACAAUGUUGCAGUUGUGGUUGCUAAUCAGGUCACUGACGACUUCACGGCAGGCAGUAGCUCAGACCAGCCUCUUACUGAUUUCGACAAAAGGCUCUGGAGAUGGGCCCAUCUGCCAAUGUACGCAAGCCAGAACGAAAAGUAUGAAUUAGACUUGGAUACAUUCUCCGAAUCAUUAUCGAAGCAAGCAACGCUUGGCUUGACAUGGGCAAACACUGUCAAUUGCCGAAUCCGUAUGGCGAGAUCUUCUGCGCUGGAUCAAAUAACCAGGCGCAUACUAUGUUUAGAGUUUUCUCCUUAUACCAAUCGAAAAGGCUGCGAGGUACAGAUUGAUGACAACGGUAUGCAUGUAAAGGAAAAAGGAUAGGAUCUACUCUCUAUGUUUGAUGCACUAUAUUUUGCACGAGAACUUGUACGAUAAUAUAAAAUAAUAUGUAUUAUAUUAAUAUUGAUCGAUGAUCUAGCUUGGACAUACCUUUCAUUGGCGAUAGUUGGUUGAUGAACAUAAACCUCACAUUUCCAUCACAGUUGGCUAUCACUGUCGAGGUUUUUAUCACCCCUCGCGCUUUUGGUUUCUCGCAGCGGAGGUGCCAUUUGUGACUUGCAAAAUGGGACAUGUUCAGUU